AUGGACGACUUUCUGAACUUGGAGCUGCUCUCUCUCGUGUCCAAGGUUACCUCAGAACUUCAAAACCAUGUCGGCGUCAGCGACAAGACCCUGGCCGAGUUCCUCAUCGCCCAGCGCAUCGAUAGCAAGGAUGCCGACGAGUUUCGCACAAAGCUCGAUGGCCUCGGUGCCGAGUUCCCGCCCAGUCUGGUGGAUAGCCUUGACCGCUUGGUGCUGACCAUGCACCCGCGCUUCAAAGGCAAAGGGAAAAGCAACGGCACCGCGCCGCCCCAGGAAGAGCACCACGUCCGGUCGCUGGAGGAGAAGGAGAAGGUUUUCAGCGGACUCGCGCUCGCAGACGUCAAGCCAUCCCAUCAAGACGACGGGGACGCCAUCGACGAUACCUUGGCGCUUCUUGAGGGCCUCGAACCAAAGGCCCGCAAAGACAAGGCCCCCCGCAAACGAAGUCGAAGCCCUCACGACGACUCCCGACGACGAAAACGCGAUAGAUCACGAUCCAGGGACGGGCGCAAGAGAGAUAGGUUUCGUUCGCGCUCGCGAUCUCAAGAUCGAGGCGAUGAAGACUGGCGCAACGGAUACCGAGAAUCACGAAAAAGCCGUCACAGACGCCGAGACGACCGCAAUGAUUACGAUGACGAUCCCAAGCGAGGGCUUGCUACCGAAAUGGAUGACGAACCCCAGCUCAAUAAGAUAUACCCCGGCCAUGUCACAGGCAUCAAGGACUUUGGCGCGUUUGUGAAUCUGCACAACGUUCGGGGGCGACAGGAUGGUCUUGUGCAUGUUUCCAAGAUUGCGGCCCAUCAGCGAGUAAAUCACCCUUCAGAUAUUCUCGAGAAGGGGAAGGAAGUGUGGGUCAAGGUUAUCAGCAUCGAGGGCAAGCGUAUCAGCCUCUCUAUGGCUGCUGUCGACCAAUCGACGGGAAUGGACAACGAGCAGCAACCUAGACAUACAACUGGUGCCAAUAUGGAGGCUCUGGGUGGAGGCAGCCGAGGCUUCAAUGACGUGCCAUCAGGCAUGCCACGAGAUGACAUAGGCCCUCCACGGAAACACAAGAAGAGAAUGACCUCGCCUGAACGCUGGGAGAUUCGACAGCUGAUAGCCUCUGGCGUGGCUAAGGCCUCCGAUUACCCGGAUCUGGAGGAGGAUUACAAUGCUACACUGCGUGGCGAUGGGGAGAUGGAGCUUGAGGAGGAUGUUGACAUUGAGGUUCGCGAAGAAGAGCCCCCCUUCCUCGCCGGCCAGACAAAACAGUCGCUGGAGCUAUCACCAAUUCGUGUCGUCAAGGCCCCCGACGGGUCCAUGAACAGAGCCGCCAUGUCAGGCACGGCUUUGGCCAAGGAGAGAAGGGAACUGAAACAGCAAGAGGCAGAGGCUGCGAAAGAACGGCCCAAAGAAAAUCUGUCGUCGCAGUGGGAGGAUCCAAUGGCGGAUCCCGAUAAGCGACAAUUCGCCAGCGACUUGCGCAAUGCCAAGAUGAACGCCGGGACAGAUGACGUGCCAGAGUGGAAGAAGGCAAUCGUUCCGCGCAACCAACCACUGGGGAAGCGAACAAAUCUCAGCAUGAAGGAACAGCGCGAAAGCUUGCCUGUUUACGGGUUCCGUUCACAGCUCAUUAAGGCUGUUCAUGAGAACCAGAUCCUUAUCGUGGUUGGUGAGACUGGGUCUGGAAAGACCACACAGCUGACCCAGUAUCUAGCGGAAGCUGGUUUCGCCAACGAGGGAGUUAUUGGUUGCACACAGCCUCGACGAGUCGCAGCCAUGUCCGUCGCAAAGCGUGUUUCUGAGGAGGUUGGGUGUAAACUCGGAGAGGAAGUUGGCUACUAUGUGCGUUUUGACGACAUGACGGGCCCCAUGACCAAGAUCAAGUACAUGACAGACGGCAUGCUCCUGAGAGAAAUUCUCGGCGAUCCUGACAUGAGGCGUUACUCAGUCAUCAUGCUGGACGAAGCGCACGAACGUACCAUCUCAACCGAUGUCCUCUUUGCACUAUUAAAGAAGGCUCUCAAACGUCGCCCAGAUUUGAAGGUUAUCGUAACCUCCGCCACUCUUGACGCCGACAAGUUUUCGAUGUAUUUCAACGAAUGCCCAAUCUUUACGAUCCCUGGCAGGACGUUCCCGGUUGAGAUUCUGUACUCGCGAGAGCCCGAGUCUGAUUAUCUCGAUACUGCGCUGGUCACCGUCAUGCAGAUCCACUUGACAGAGCCAAAGGGUGACAUCCUUCUCUUCCUCACUGGUCAGGAAGAAAUCGAUACCGCGUGCGAAGUGCUGUUUGAGCGAAUGAAGGCACUUGGGCCGGGAGUGCCCGAACUUCUCAUUCUUCCAGUGUACGCUCAGUUGCCGGCCGAGGCACAAAGUCGAAUCUUUGACCCGGCGCCGCCCGGCGCAAGAAAGGUUGUCAUUGCCACCAACAUUGCUGAGACGUCCAUCACGAUUGAUGAAAUCUUUUACGUCAUUGAUCCCGGCUUCGUCAAGCAGAGCGCUUACGACCCAAAACUGGGUAUGGACUCCCUGAUUGUCACGCCCGUCUCCCAAGCGCAGGCGAACCAAAGAGCUGGACGUGCUGGACGUACGGGGCCCGGAAAGUGCUUCCGUCUCUAUACCGAAGCCGCCUACCAAUCAGAAAUGUUACCGACCACGAUUCCCGAAAUCCAGCGUGCGAAUUUGGCCCUCGUUAUCCUCAUGCUCAAGGCCAUGGGCAUCAAUGACCUAUUGCAUUUUGAUUUUAUGGACCCUCCGCCCGUUAAUACGAUGCUUACAGCCCUGGAAGAACUAUACGCCCUUAGCGCUCUGGAUGAUGAGGGUCUUCUUACCCGUCUCGGCCGCAAGAUGUCCGACUUCCCCAUGGAGCCUUCGCUGGCCAAGGUACUCAUCACAGCGGUAGAUUAUCAGUGUUCUGACGAGAUCCUGAGCAUCGUGGCCAUGCUGAACCAGUCCACCAUCUUCUACCGGCCCAAAGAGAAGCAGACGCAGGCCGACCAGAAGAAGGCCAAGUUCCACGAUCCACACGGCGACCACCUGACGCUCCUCAACGUGUACAACUCGUGGAAGCACAGCGGGUACUCGAACCCGUGGUGCUUCGAGAACUUCAUCCAGGCGCGGUCGAUGCGGCGGGCCAAGGACGUGCGGGACCAGAUCCUGCGCAUCAUGGAGCGGCACCGACAUCCAAUCAUCUCGUGCGGGCGGGACACGCAAAAGGUGCGGCGGGCGCUGUGCACGGGCUUCUUCCGGAGCGCGGCGCGCAAGGAUCCGCAGGAGGGCUACAAGACGCUGACCGAGGGCACACCGGUGUACCUGCACCCGUCGUCGGCGCUGUUCGGCAAGCAGGCCGAGUGGGUCAUCUACCACGAGCUGGUGCUGACGACCAAGGAGUACAUGCACUGGACGACGGCGAUCGAGCCCAAGUGGCUGGUCGAGGCAGCGCCGACCUUCUUCAAGGUCGCGCCCACGGACAGGCUGAGCAAGCGCAAGGCGCAGGAGCGCAUCCUGCCGCUGUACAACAAGUACGCGGGCGAGGAUGACUGGAGGUUGAGUGCGCAGAGAAGGGGAGGGCGCGGCGGCGGCGGCGGUACUUGGGGUUAA